AUGGAUACGUCUCCUGUACAUAAGACAGACACAACGUUACCAACCAAUCUGGAAACAUCCCAACCCUCUCUCAUCAGCAGUGAACCAUCAACAACGGUUGACUUCCAGACACAAACAUCUGGUCCAGCUGCAUCGACAGCUGCAGACCAUACACAUUCUUCAUUAACUGCUAGCACAACACGUUUGACACAAUCAACAGCAACAAGCGACCAAACAAGUGCUACUACAAAACCUCAGUGUACAGAAGAGGACUGUCAGUGUGCAGCAGGCAGGAAGUGUACGUUCAGUGAGGAGCUUGGUCGCUGCCACUGUGUUUGUUCAAAUAGCACCUAUGGAGACACCUGCUCCUAUGGACAAAACUACACAUCUCCUGAUAUUGAUACUGGCGCCAUACCCACUCGAAAAGCAAAUAUUACUUUGGACAUCAAGAUCACCUUUCUGGAUGAUUAUUAUGAUUUGGUAUCACCACAAUCAUUAGAUUUCAUCAGGAAAUUAAUAAAGGAGCUUGAAGUCCUAUGCAAAGAAGCCGACCCCCAAGGUUUUGAAAAAGUAGAAGUGUUGGAGUUAUUACCAGGAAGUAUUAUUGCAGCAAGACGAGCGAGGGGGCUCUAUCAGAACAUCGCACUACAGUUGGUCAACACAUUCAUAAAGACCAACAAAGCCGGAAAGGAAGUCAUAACGUUGUCACUGCAUGGUGUGGCCGCCACAAGUCGAGCGGCGUACUCCUAUCAGAACAACCAAACCCAAAUACAGUGGCUCAACAUUCACUUAAAUGGUACCUUGACCCAAAUCCUGGAUGAGAACAUCGCUCAGAUAUCUCAGGCCUUCGGUGGUGCAAGCGUGCAGUUGGAGCAGGUUGUCUCCGGGCCACCUGAGAUCAACAACAUCACGGACAUGCAGCCUUUUGUUAGCUGCUCAGCAUUUGCUAAUUACUCCGCUGAGGUCGUGGAAGGUCAGUGGCAGUGUGUUGGACCAUGCAAGACCUCAACCGACUACUGCAGUUCCCACGGGGAAUGCCUUAAUGAUAUCCACAGAGGACCCCUUUGCAGGUGCUAUGAGUCGAACAUCAGGCAGUACUACGGUCAGCAAUGCCAGCUGGUCCGUUGGGGUCCUGGCUUCUAUGGAGCUGUGUUUGGGUCGCUAGCGGGGGCGCUGCUGCUUGUCCUGAUUGUCCUUCUUGCUGUCUUCCUGGUCAAAAGAAAACAUUCGAGUCCCUGGUAUAGAAGUCAUUUUACCGGAUACUUAGAUUUUGAAGAAGAUUACUUUGACUUCACAGACACAGGUACUCCACCUCUUACAAGACAUGAUGGACCGUUCCAAACAACGACAUUAGGAUUGGAGGGCACUUACAGAGAUGAAACCUUUAGGCCUCACCUAGAAAACAUUGAUCCACACAUACAGGUGUCAACAAAACGUCCUGAGGUGUUGCACGUCACGUACUCGUGAAGCUGGAAUGUUUGCACAUGAGAGUUUAUAUUCAUAUGAUAGCUUUCUAUAUCUUUAUAUUGUUGGAUUGUCACAUGUAUGCCUGCUUCACAUUGAAUCCCUGUCUGUUCUGCAAAUAAAACCUAAUGGUGUUCAUAAAAACACAUGGCCGCUAGAGGGCGGACUGAACGUGGCAAUAAUA